AUGCCUGACGCCAACAUGUCCGAACCUGUUCCUGCUGCCCAUGUGGUUACACCUCAACGAAAUGGUGGCCAAAAUGUUGCUCCUACUCGUGUUCCAUUUGUCAAUGCCACGGCGGCUGCUGCUGCUCCUGCUGGUGCUGCUCCUCCACUUGCCUCUGUCCGAACCCGCCACGAGCUCAUUAUCAAGAGAGGAAUCUACAAGGGCAAACGGGGCUACCUUGACGAAAGUCGUGGCCAUGGUGGCUACUCCCCAACACGAAAAAGUGUCUACAUCACCUAUAUUGAUGAAGAUGGUGUGGAAAAAAUAGCAUCCCACUGCGUCAGAUCAACUAGCAUCACCCUGGUGAAUUGGUCUACCCCACUCAACAGCACCAAUCCGAUUCUUCAGCGCCAUCCAGAACUUAUGAGGGAGAUUCUUUCAAACGGUGUGCUAGACCCACCAGCAGAAUAG